AGAGAGAGAGAGAGAGAGGUCAAAUUAAUUAAUUAGAGGGUCGUUGCAACUGAUACACGCAAUGUAGAAGAAACUUGCGCACUAGACCCGUAAUUCAAUCCGUUAUCAACGACUUUAAUUCCACGCUACCCCUUUCGUUUACCAAUAGAGAUUCCUUUGGCUUCUUCUUUAUGGGCUCAUUGUCUCCUCCAAGUUCUCAUCCUUUCUACUCUCUUUCUAUGCUUAUUGCUCCCACUUCUCCUCCUCCUUGACCAUCUCUGCUACUGCUGCUACUACUACUAUUACUAUUACUAUUACUAUUUCAUAUCCAAUCGAGGACCCAGUUCGUCCAUGGCGAGCUCUGAUUGGUCUUUGAAUCAGAUCAUUCCGAGCGUGGACUCCUAUGACGGCAAAGUCUUGCUUGCCGCCAUUAUAUCUCUUCUACUUAUAAUUCUCUUUGUUUUGCUACUCCAUAUCUACACAAAGUGGCUGCUCGAACAAGCCCAUAGACAGAGGAGCCGUUCGAUUCAUGUAUUGGGUCCUACACGAAUGCAUCACGUCCGUACGUUGGCAUACGAUGGGUCUUCCUUUGGUGCUUCCACCACCGAUGGUGUUGAUGCUUCAGUGGUUGCUACUCUCCCUGUCUUUCUAUACAAAAAUGAAGAAUACAAGAAGGGUUUAGAGUGUGUGGUUUGCUUGAGUGUGUUUGAAGAGGAUGAUAUGGGGAGGAGCUUACCUAGGUGUAACCAUGCUUUCCAUGUUGAGUGUAUAGAUAUGUGGUUGAAGUCCCACUCGAGCUGUCCGAUUUGUAGGGCUUCAGUGGUAUUGGAUAAGUCCACCGGAAUUACACCACCGAUCACCGGUGUUCAACCCGUGGAGGAGAGGCGAGAUGUUGCACCGGCGAUGAUGUCUAGUGAGUACUCCACCACCUUUGCCCGAGAAAGCCCCAUUACUUUGGAUGUUAUGAUAGAACUACCACUUGAUCCAAACAGAGAAGUUCUUAGAGAUACUUUACCCCAACAACCACCACCACCAUCUCCGUUGCCACCGCCGCCAUCCCCAGUGUCGUCAUCAUCAUCAUCAUCUGUAGGUUUCUCAUUGAAGAGAAUGUUGAGCAGGAGUAGAUCAGAAUGUAAGGUGUUUCCAUCAUCUAAUAUGAACGAGUUUAAUGUUUGAGUAGAAUGAUUCGUUAGUUCA